AUGUUACCAAUAACACUACCAAAUAGUCUUACAUCACUCACAUUCGGUAAUGAUUUUAACAAAUUAAUUAAACCCGGCUCAUUACCAAAUAGUCUUACAUCACUCACAUUCGGUCAUAAAUUUAACCAAGUAGUUACACCCGGCUCAUUACCAAAUAGUCUCACAACACUCACAUUCGGUACUGAUUUUAACAAAGUAAUUAAACCCGGAUCAUUACCAAAUACUCUCACAACACUUACAUUCGGUGAUAAUUUUAACAAAGUAUUUAAACCCGGCUCAUUACCAAAUAGUCUCACAACACUCACAUUCGGUUAUGAUUUUAACAAAGUAUUUAAACCCGGACCAUUACCUAAUAGUCUCACAACACUCACAUUCGGUACUAAUUUUAACCAAGUAUUUAAACCCGGAUCAUUACCAAAUGGUCUCAGAACACUCACAUUCGGUGAUAAUUUUAACCAAGUAGUUACACCCGGCUCAUUACCAAAUAGUCUUACAUCACUCACAUUCGUUGAUGACUUUAACCAAGUAUUUAUACCUGGCUCAUUACCAAAUAGUCUCACAACACUCACGCUCGGUCAUGAAUUUAACCAAGUAGUUCCACCCGGCACAUUACCAAAUAAUCUCACAACACUCACAUUCAGUUUUAGAUUUAACCAAGUAAUUCUACCCGGCUCAUUACCAAAUAGUCUCACAACACUCACAUUCGGUUAUUGUUUUGACAAAGCAGUUCUACCCGGUUCAUUACCAAAUAGUCUUACAUCACUCACAUUCGGUAAUGAAUUUAACCAAGUAGUUAUACCCGGCUCAUUACCAAAUAGUCUCACAACACUCACAUUCGGUGAAAAUUUUAACCAAGUAAUUAAUCCCGGAUCAUUACCAAAUAAUCUCACAACACUCACAUUCAGUGAUAAUUUUAACCAAGUAAUUAAUCCCGGCUCAUUACCAAAUAGUCUCACAACACUCACAUUCGGUCAUGAUUUUAACAAAGUAAUUAAACCCGAAUCAUUACCAAAUAGUCUCACAACACUCACAUUCGGUGAAAAUUUUGACCAAGUAGUUACACCCGGCUCAUUACCAAAUAGUCUCACAACACUCACAUUCGGUCAUAAUUUUAACCAAGUAGUUCCACCUGGCUCAUUACCAAAUAAUCUCACAACACUCACACUCAGUUUUAGAUUUAACCAAGUAGUUAUACCCGGUUCAUUACCAAAUAGUCUUACAUCACUCACAUUCGGUGAUAAUUUUAACCAAGUAGUUACACCCGGAUCAUUACCAAAUAGUCUUACAUCACUCACAUUCGGUCAUGAUUUUAACAAAGAAUUUAAACCCGGCUCAUUACCAAAUGGUCUCAGAACACUCACACUCGGUUAUAAAUUUAACCAAGUAAUUAAACCCGGCUCAUUACCAAAUACAAUGAGAGCAUCUGGUUUUAAGCAUCCAUUUAUGUCUUUUUGUAACAUGUUAAGUAAUUAA